AUGCCUUCCAUAAUCUCAGAUCCACAAGCCUACGACAUUAUGCUGCGGCUACUGCAAUUCAGCUGCUGGUCGCUGAGCUACAUCAACACCGUCCGCACUACCUUGAGCGACCAACUUCCCAGUGUCUCCUUCAUGUCCAUCUGUUGCGAUGUCGCCUGGGAGUUUGUCUAUGCAUUCGUCUACCCCAUAGCAAGCUCGCAUUGGGCUGGUGGAAUUCGUAUCUGGUUUGCUAUGCAUUGUGUGAUGUUGUUCAUCGUUGCAAAAUACGCACCGAAUGAUUGGGACCAUGUUCCAUUAAUGAAGAGGUUCGCUCGCUUGGCCUACGUGGCCAUAACAAUUGGGUUUAUGGCGGGCCAUCUGGCAUUGGCUAGUGAAAUUGGACCAGCCCUGGGGUUCUUCUGGAGCGGUGCUUUGUGCCAGAUUACAGCCAGCCUAGGGUCUCUUUGCCUGUUGGUCUGUCGGGGUAGUACUCGCGGAGCCUCUAUAAAAACAUGCCCGUUGUGCUGGUUUUACAUUGCGAUUACCUUGACACUAGACGCGAUAUAUCCGGUAUUUUUCUUCUAUUUCCGUGCGAUUGAGCACCCUAAAAAGGAUAGUGAGAGGAAGGUGGAAUAG